AUGUCUCAUACACCUCGCGAAUUAAGAACACCAACACCUUAUGAUUUUAGUUCUAACCAAAGUGAUGAUGAUGAUUCAGAAAUUGAUGAAUUAGCACCUCUUACCUCCACAAGAAAUGAUCCCAAGUCAAAUUUUUCAUGGGCAACAUUUAGAACUAGACUCAGAUAUUAUGUACCAGUAUUUAGUUGGAUGCCAAGCUAUUCAUUGAAUACUUUUUGGGGUGAUUUUUUUGCAAGCUUGACUGUUACAGCAAUUUUACUACCUUCAUGUUUAUCAUUUUCUGUGUUGGCGAAAUUGCCUCCAGUACAUGGGCUAUAUAGUAUUGUGAUUCCAGGAGUCAUCUACUCAUUUCUUGGUACUUCAAGACAAUUGGUUAUCGGACCAGAAGCUCUAGUGGCAAUGCUUGUGGGGUCGUCAGUAGCACAACAACAAAAGUAUUUAGGCAAAGUAGAUGAUGAAAGUGUUGCAAUAAUGAUAGCAUCAUUGAUAACAUUUUUUGUUGGAAUUCUGACAUUUAUUCUUGGAAUUGUUAGAUUGGGAUUUAUAGAUUCGGUGUUAUCACGUGCUCUUUUGAGAGGUUUUAUUUCAGCAGUGGCAAUAGUAAUUAUUAUUGAACAAUGCUUAGUGAUGUUGAGAUUAACUGACUUAAAUCAUCAUGAAGGGAAAGGAUUGGGACAUGCAUCUUCAACUUUAGACAAACUCAUUUAUAUCAUAAAUAAUAUUGAACAAUCGCAUAUACCAACAGCCAUUAUAUCAUUUUCUAGUCUUUUAUUCUUAUUGGUUUUUGGUUCAAUCAAAGGAUAUUUGUCAAAACGAUUUUCAUGGGUACAAUUCAUACCUGAAAUAUUUAUAUGUGUAAUAAUUUAUACAAUUUUAUGUUCUAUUUUUGAUUGGGAAAGUCUUGGAGUAAAAAUUCUUGGAGAUAUUAAAGGAGGUGGAUUUCCCAAAUUCUCAAUUCCAAGUCCACCAAAGCUGGCUCAUAUUAUUGAUUGCUUCGAGACAGCAGUUUUAAUCUCAGUUGUAGGAUUUGUUGAAUCUAUAGUUGUCACAAAAACCUAUGCCACCAAACAUAAUUAUGCAGUUAGUCCUAAUCGUGAAUUAGUAGCAUUGGGUGCAUCAAAUUUGAUUGGUAGUUUUUUUCAAUGUAUACCAGCAUAUGGUGGAAUGGCUAGAAGUAGGAUUAAUGAUAAAGCUGGUGCUAAGACUCAAUUAUCAGGACUUAUAACUGCAACGUUUGUUCUGUUUUGUUUAUUCUUCCUGUUACCAUUAUUCUACUCUUUGCCCAAACCUGUAUUGGCAUCAAUAGUUUGUGUGGCUGCUAUCUCUUUAUUACAUGAGCUACCUCAUGAUCUUAUCUUUAUGUAUAAAAUAAAAGCUUGGAAUGAUUAUGCUUUGCUACUUUUGACCUUUUUUUCAACAAUAUUUAUAUCAACUGAAUAUGGAACUUUGAUAUCAGUAGGUUUAUCAUUAGUGCUUGUUGUUAAACAUUCCACCUAUCCUCGCAUUACUAUAAUGGGAAGAAUUGGCAACUCUAAUAAAUUUAAACCGAUUAAAGAUUUUCCAGAUCAGGCAGAACAUGUUGAAGGAGUUUUAGUGAUUAAAAUAUCCGAACCUUUAUAUUUUGCUAAUACUGGACAACUUAAAGAUCGUCUUAGACGUCUAGAAGAAUUCGGAGACAUGAGUGUUCAUCCAUCAGAAGAUGCAAGAAUGUCACCUGUUAGAAAUGUGAUAUUUGAUAUUGAAACGAUGGAAGGGAUUGAUGCCAGUGCUGUACAAAUUCUUUUUGAAAUAGUGGAGGCAUAUCAUCUUCGUGAUGUAAAUGUUUAUUUUGUGAAAUUACGUUCUAAUCAAAAGAAAAUGUUUGAAGGUGCAGGAAUCAUAGAGAAAGUUGGCAAAGAACAUUUCUUCAACCGAAUUCCUGAUGCAUUGGAAUACAUUAAUAAUGGUGCCAAUGAUUUUAGUGUCAGAUAUGAAUAG